AUGAGUGAUGACGGCUCUAGUGGCAGCAACGCUGCCAAAUCUUCAACUGGCAGUGAUGCUGCCAACCCUUUUUUCCUGCACUCUUCGGAUCAUCCUGACCUGAUCCUUGUCUCAAAAAAACUCAAUGGCAACAAUUACAAUACCUGGUCUCGUGCUAUGCGUAUUGCCGUUAGAGCAAUUGCAAUGGGAACAAUUUGCUGGGCCAGCAAAAAUCAAGACUGGAGAUGCAAUGAUAUGGUUCUUUCAUGGAUUUUGGGCUCUUUGGAGCCGGACCUUGCUGAUAGUGUGAUCUACUUGCCUACCGCCCAUGAAAUAUGGGUUGAUCUUCACGAGCGUUUUUCUCAAGGUAAUGCUCCUUAUCUCUUUCAGAUUCAACGGGAAAUCAACUCUCUUACUCAAGGUCAGUUGUCUAUGGCUGCCUAUUUUACAAAACUCAAAGGACUUUGGGAUGAGUUAGCUGCGCACAGUGAUAAUCCUCUUCCUACGGCUCGACAAGCCUACUCUUCUGUUUCUCAAGAAGAAAAACAACGCGAACUUGGUGCCAUCAAACUGCCAGAUACUGCUGCCAUGGCUGUUCGCGCUGAUGCCCGAUCCUGUCAAGAUCGGCCUCCGCUUUACUGCUCUCACUAUGAUGUUGAUCACCACACCAAGGAGACUUGUUGGCAGCUUCAUGGUUACCCUCCUGGUCACCCACGGUAUGGAAAGCAACCUCAGUUCAACCCACGCAACAACAAUCGUUCUCACAAUGGCAAAGGGGGUCCAAUAAUCGUUCUCGUGGUGGCCAUGCAUCUGCUAAUGAAGUUACUUCGAACACCAUGA